AGAAAAGUCUCGUCGCCGCCUCGCCUCGCCUCGCCUACAGCGGUCAGUAGCAAUGGCACAAGAAAGCUGGAAAAAUGAGUCUGAGGAGACCGUCCACACACCGGAGGCCCCAAUAUUGUGUGUAAACAACUGUGGCUUCUUCGGCAGCAGCAUGACGAACAAUAUGUGUUCGAAGUGCUACCGGGACUUCAUUAAGGUCACAACAAUGGUUCCUGUAGUGGACAAGAAAGUGUUUACAGCAGCUUCGUCGUCGAAGACACCAUUGGAACCAGCAAAGCCGGAUGAAGUGCCUGCCGCAGCUGUAGAGGAUAAGCAAGAGGCACAGGAGCCUCCAAAGCCACCCAGCAACCGAUGCCUGUCAUGCCGCAAAAAGGUUGGCCUGACUGGUUUCCAAUGCCGAUGUGGAGGAACCUUCUGCUCAACACACCGCUACACCGAAGCCCACAACUGCACCUUUGACUACAAGAAGGCAGGCCGAGAUCAGAUCGCCAAGCAGAAUCCUGUUGUGAUAGCCGAGAAGAUCAACAAGAUCUGAUUGAAGGUUAUGGAAGGGCCAUUUAAUCUCUCUAUUCAUGGUGGCAACCGAGUCUUCAAGUUUACUUCAACCAGUAGGUUCCUUCAGGUCUGGGUUAGUAUGCUAGGAAGUCCCAAUUGUGUCCAUCCUUCUCCCUACCAUGGUUUCAUUAUCUGGCAAUUAAGGAAUAAUAUUGUAAAUAUAUCUAUUCUAUUCUUAACUAUAUUCUAUCCUAUUGGUUAUUAUUACAGCA